AAAGACAACUCACACAGGAGUUUACAAUGUCAAGCAAUAUUUCAGAAUGCCAUAUCUAUGAAGACAUGGAACCUUUUACCUAUUUUUACUACUUGAUUUUUCUUAUGGGAAUUAUUGGAAGCUUUUUUGCACUGUGGGCAUUCACACAGAAGCAUCAGAAACACAAGCCUAUGAGCAUCUACUUAAUCAACCUCCUCACUGCAGAUUUCUUAUUAACUUUGACUUUGCCAAUGAAGAUUAUUGUUGACCUAGGAAUUGCGUCCUGGAAUCUGAGAAUAUUCCACUGCCAAGUUACAGCCUGUUUCAUCUAUCUGAACAUGUAUUUAUCAAUCAUAUUUUUGGGAUUUGUGAGCAUGGAUCGCUGCCUGCAGUUGAUGCACAGCUCUAAGAUCUACCGCAUCCAGGAGCCGGGGUUUGCCAAGACACUGUCCGUGGUCGUGUGGCUCAUGAUUCUCCUCAUAACCGUGCCUAACAUGGCUAUUCCCAUACAACACAUCGAGGAGAGGCCCGGCGCAGGAUGCAUCGACUUCAAAACCAAGUUUGGGAGAGACUGGCACGUGUUCACUAACUUCAUAUGCACAGCGAUAUUCCUGAAUUUCUCAGCCGUGAUCCUGAUCUCCAACUUCCUCGUUGUCAGGCAGCUCUACCGCCACAAGUACAGCGAGAGCUACGGCAGCGUGAGGACGGCGCUGACCCACAUCCUGCUGGUGACGGCCGGGUACCUGCUCUGCUUCGUGCCCUACCACGCCGUGCGCAUCCCCUACACGCUGAGCCAGAGGGACGCCACGGCCAGCUGCCCCCUCAGGCGGGCCCUCUUCAAAGCCAAGGAGUGCACCCUGCUGUUUGCAGUCUCAAACCUCUGCUUUGACCCCAUUCUCUAUUACCACCUUUCCAAAUCCUUCCGGCUGAAGUUCACAGAGGCGUUUGCAGCCCCCAAGCAGACAAAGGCGCUCACAGACGUGGAGCUGCAGCACAGCAGUGAACAGCAGGUACACGGCCCCAGCUCUCAAACAUGGGCACAGAGUGAGCCCACCAGCAGCAGUGAACAGCAGAUACCUGACCCUGACUGUCAAACACGGGGACAGAGUGAGCCCACCAGCAGCAGUGAACAGCAGAUACACCUCCCCAGCUCUCAAACACGGGCACAGAGUGAGCCCACCUGCAGCAGUGAACAGCAGAUACACCUCCCCAGCUCUCAAACACGGGCACAGAGUGAGCCCACCAGCAGCAGUGACAGCUGCUCGGUGACUGUGCGCGCAGACACCGCGGGUAACGACGCUCCUGACGAUUCGUGAGCCCGAGCAGAAGGAAAAUACUUGAUCAAUAAAUGCCCAUGGCUGUGUUCCACACUCACACAGGGGGUCUGAGCUCACAGA